AUGGAGAGAGCACGAUCAUUCCUUCAGUCUCCCACUUAUGGAAACCUCGUCACUGUUCUUAGCAUCGACGGAGGUGGAAUAAGAGGGAUUAUUCCCGGGACUAUGCUCAGCUUCCUAGAAUCCGAGCUUCAGAAGCUGGAUGGUGAAGAUGCAAGACUGGCAGAUUACUUUGAUGUUAUCGCAGGCACCAGCACAGGUGGUCUUGUCACUGCUAUGCUUACUGCCCCAGAUGAAAAUAACCGUCCCCUAUUUGCUGCUAAAGAUAUUAACGAUUUUUAUCUUGAACACUGCCCUAAGAUGUUCCCCCAACACAGCACCCCACUUAUUGGUGAAGCUGUAGAAAUGUUAAAAGCUGUGAAAGGGCCAAAAUAUAAUGGGAAGUAUUUGCAUGAUAUAGUCAAGGAAAAGCUGGGAGACGUAACAUUGAACAAGACAUUGACUAACGUCAUAAUCCCAACUUUUGAUAUAAAGAGGCUUCAGCCAAUCAUCUUCUCCAGCUAUGAGGUUAAAAAGAAGGAUAGCUUAAAUGCUUUACUCUCCGACAUAUGCAUUGCAACUUCAGCAGCCCCAACUUAUCUCCCAGCACAUCAUUUUCAAACCAAAGAUUGCAGCACCGGAGAAGCAAGAGAAUUUGACCUGAUUGAUGGUGGAGUCGCUGCUAAUAAUCCGGCCUUGGUCGCUCUAAGCGAAGUAACAAAAGAAAUCCAUCAAGGAAAUCCUGACUUCUUUCCUAUAAAACCAAAUGAGUAUGGGCGAUUCCUCGUGAUAUCACUGGGUACUGGUUCGGCGAAAUGCGAGGAGAAGUAUGAGGCCACAAAUGCAGGUAGGUGGGGCGUUUUGGGGUGGCUAACCGGAGGCGGUUCAUGUCCACUGGUUGACGUUUUUACUCAAGCCAGUAGUGACAUGGUUGACUAUCACCUCUCUACGGUCUUCCAAGCUCUUCAUUCUGAGAAAAACUACCUUCGGAUUCAAGACGAUACGCUGGAGAAAACAGUGUGUUCAGUGGACAUUGCUACCCAUGAAAACUUGAACAAUCUUGUAAAAGUUGGAGAGGAAUUGUUAAAGAAACCGGUUUCCAGGGUGAACAUGGAAACUGGUAUGUUUGAGCCUGCCCAUCAGUCCACAAAUGAAGAGGCUCUCGUAAGGGUAGCAGGAAUUCUGUCUAGAGAGAGGAGGGUUCGUGAAAUGAGAUCACCCCAUGGGAAGGCUGCAGUCGCUGCAGCUAGGGCUGGCAAAUUGGGCCAUGUUGAAAUUAACCAACCGAGUACCAACCGUACCAACGUAGUUAGUAUACCAAAACAUUAGAGCGGCUAGUCGGCUUGCAAAUGGUCCAAUGCAUAAUUCAGUUCAGGAUUUAUGGAUAAUAAAGAGUUUUGGUGUAGAGUGUUGAUUGGGAAGAGCUCUAAGAGUUAUUGAGGUUGUUUGGCAUCCUCCAGUCAUUGGGUGGGUGAAGAUUAAUUCGGAUGGAGCUUGGAAGUAUGCAGAGGGUGGUGGAGGUUUUGGUGCUGUUUUUCGUGUUCUUGGUGCUUUUUCUUCCAACAUUGACAUUCCUAGUUCAGUAGUAGCAGAGGUGAUGGCCGUUAUAAUUGCUAUUGAGCUUGCUUGGGUACGAGAUUGGAAACACAUUUGGUUAGAGGUUGACUCGUCGCUUGUGUUAAACUAUCUACGGUCUCCUUUGCUUGUACCUUGGCAUCUACGUGUCCGUUGGCUUAAUUGUUUACGUUGCAUAUCGGAGAUGACCUUUCGUUCUUCUCAUAUUUUUCUUGAAGGGAAUAAGGUUGCAAAUGCUUUGGUUAAUCACGGUACGUCAUUAACACAGCUGGUUUGGUGGGAUUCACCUCCUCUUUUUAUUUUGUCAUAUUAUAGUAGUGACCUUAUUGGUCUUCCCCAAUUUCGGUUUUCAUAGUUUUGUUUCGUUGUUAUUUGAUUAUGAGAGGUUUUGGUCUAAUCCCCCUCUCUUGAUGUUUCUCUUUUUCUUUUUAAUAUAUAAGAGUGUUAGGGGGUCAUUCCUCUCUCACUCAUCUUUUAG